AUGGAAACACACGUUGCUGGUGUCAAGCGAAACCCGCUAGACACAGUUAUGGGCCCUGCAACAUUUCCCUCGAGCAUCGACCAGCAUGUCUGUCAAAGAGAGAAUGACGGAAAGACGAUUGGAGGCACUAAUGGCACAGUCGAUCGAGUUCUGAAGCGAAUCCAUAAGACCAAAUUUACAGGUGCUAUCUUCAUCCAUGCAGGAGCUGGCUUCCACAGCCACCAGAAUGAGAGAGUCCACUUGGAGGCUUGCAGCGAUAGUGCUGCUACUAUGGGCAUGAAAUUUCUCAAGUCAGGUGCUUCGGCCACAGAAGCCGUUGAAGUUGCAUUACGAGUACUGGAAGACAAAGAAAUCACCAAUGCUGGAUACGGUUCGAAUCUCUCGAUGGACGGGACCGUCGAGUGUGACGCCACCAUUGUUGAUCAUCUUGGAAGAAGUGGUGCUUGUGGAGCUGUUCCAAAUAUACGGAACCCAGUCUGCCUUGCAAAACUGAUUUUGGACAAGAGCAAUCAACCUUUAUCUCUGAGAAGGGUCCCGCCUAAUAUCUUAGUCGGCGAAGGUGCGAAGAACUUCGCGCUUGAAAACGGCAUGCAACCGGUCCCAAACGAACAUUUGAUCUCCAAGAAUGCAAGAGAUCGAUUUCUUCGAUGGCAAGAGGAUCUGAAGCGAGCUGAGGAGAAGUUAAGGCAGGGCGGAACUCGUAGAACCCCUGAGCGGGCUGUCGACAUUUCUCAACAGUACGAAACGAUCCAAACGCCUGGGUCUACACGAACGCAACAACAGCAGCAGCAACGGGAUCAUACGAGCGCUAUCCUGACUGGAACAUGGAAUGAAGGCCAACCGGACUCCCCGCAUCGAGGCUCUCCUGCACUAGAGACACAGGCACCAAACCAGUCGCAAAGCAAUUCUGGGCCGGGACGCCCUCAGGGUUUAUCACCACGACAAGCAGCAGAAAGGGCCACUUUGAGUUAUGCAGAGACCUCGUUACCUUCUUCCAGUAAGUCGCGCAACCACCGUUGGCAGGAAAGAAGCACGACAGCAUCCGAUUCUAGCCACUUGGUCAACCAGGGAAAUCGCGAUGGUACAUUCUCACCCCAGUGGUCAGACGGAACAAAAAAUGCCAGCACUAUUGCACAGCUACAAGCAUGCAGUCCUCGUGGUAUUAAGCGACCACUCUCUGCAGCCGAUAUGGAAGAGGAUAUCAUCACCGACACAGUCGGGGCCAUCGCAAUCGAUGAACAGGGACACAUCGCGGCAGGCUCAUCUUCUGGUGGUAUUGGAAUGAAACACCGAGGGCGUAUAGGGCCAGCUGCUUUAGUAGGCAUCGGAACGGCCGUCGUACCUUGUGAUCCGGACGACCCAGACAAAGUCAGCGUAGCUACUGUAACAAGCGGCACAGGAGAACACAUGGCCACUACUAUGGCAUCUCAGCGAUGCGCGGACCGAAUCUACGGCAAUACUCGGCGGGGACCGGACGGCAAAGAUGUUGAGGAAUGGGACGAGGAUGCCAUAAUGGAGUCAUUUAUCACGAAUGAUUUCAUGGGCCACCCCGGCGUCAAGAGUUGCAACUCGGCCGGAGCAAUCGGCGUGAUGACGGUCAAAAAGAUGCGGACGGGGUACUACUUAUACUUCGCACAUAAUACUGACUCCUUCGCGCUCGCGUCGAUGGGCGGCUCAGACAAAGAGCCUGUGUGUGUUAUGUCCCGACUCGGCGAGUCUGCUCAAGUCACACGGGGUGCCCGGCGGAUCCGAGUCGAUCCAUGA